UUCAUGUACAGUGCAAGGAUGUCAGAGGCAUGGCAGCAGCAGCAUGCAGUGGCACCCCCACCUUUAGGUCACGCUCUUCCCCCUGGGGCAGAAAAUCCUCUAGGUUCUGCUGUCUAUGGCAUUGUCCUGCAGUCAGACGCUACGCUGCAGCAGUCUCAACAUAGCCAGCAUGCCCAGCAACACCCUCUACCUGCUCAGCAGCCAUCGUUGCAGGUAGGGGGUGAGGGUGGCCACAAGUGUGGAGCCUGUGGCCAUGACAUAUCACACUUAGCGAAUCCUCAUGAACAUCAGUGUAUGGUAAACCAAGAUCGCUCCUUUCAGUGCACACAGUGCAUGAAGAUCUUCAGUCAGGCCACAGAUCUGCUGGAGCACCAGUGUGUCCAGGUAGAACAGAAACCAUUUGUUUGCGGUGUGUGUAAAAUGGGUUUCUCCCUGCUCACUUCAUUAGCACAUCAUCACAAUGAGCACACCAGUGGCAACAAUCCCAUGAAGUGCUCCAUCUGUGAGAAGACCUACCGACCAGGCUCCUCAUCUGCAGGAGAGGCAUCCAGUGGAGGUGCAGCCAUUGGCUCCUCCUCCUCCUCCUCAGCCUUUGACACGUCUCACAGACCAUACAAGUGCUCUGUGUGCCAGAAGGGCUUCCGUCACCUGUCUGAGCUGUCUCGUCAUGAGCGAGUGCAUACAGGGGAAAAGCCCUACAAGUGCACCACCUGCGAGAAGAGCUUUAGCCAAUCGUCUCAUCUUGCGCAUCAUCAGCGCACUCACAGCGCAGAGCGCCCAUAUAAAUGUGCUGUGUGUGAGAAGACAUUUAAACACCGUUCACACUUGGUGCGUCACAUGUAUGCCCAUUCUGGUGAGCAUCUAUUCAAGUGCAACUUGUGUGAACUACACUUUAAGGAAUCAUCUGAGCUUCUGCACCACCAGUGCCAGCCCGCGGGGGAACGUCCAUUCCGGUGUGCCACAUGCGGGAAAGGCUUUAAACGUCCGUCGGAUCUGCGACAGCACGAGCGCACGCACUCGGAAGAGCGACCCUUCCAGUGUGAGGAGUGUCAAAUGAGCUUCAAGCAGCAGUAUGCCCUUGUUCGCCACAGACGCACUCACAAGAACCCUGCUGACCGACCCUUCAAAUGUAACCAGUGUGAUAAAGGUUUCCUGCAGCCGUCCCACCUGCUGUACCACCAGCACGUCCAUGGUAUCGAGAGCCUGUUUAAGUGUGCUUCCUGCCAGAAAGGUUUCAGACAGUCAGGGGAGCUACUGAGGCAUAAGUGUGGUGAAGCUAGUUCUGGAUCCGCGACUGAGAAGCCUUAUAAAUGUGACAAAUGUGGGAAGGGUUACAAGAAGUCAUCCACCCUGCAGAGACACCAAAAUUCUCACUGUACCGAGAAGCCUCUGAAAUGUUCGCUGUGCGACCGUCGCUUUAAAUCAUCCUCUGAUUUUGUCCAGCACCGUUGUGAUCCUGCCCGCGAGAAGCCGUUAAAAUGCCCAGACUGCGAAAAGCGCUUUAAGUACUCAUCAGAGCUACAGAGACAUCGACGUGUCCAUACCGGAGAAAAGCCCUUCAAGUGCCCCACCUGUGACAAAGGCUUCAAGCAGCGUGAACACCUGGCCAAACACAGCAGUGUCCAUUCAAGGGAGGCCCAGUUCAAGUGUGUUUGGUGUGGAGAGUGCUUUGGUGACCUUGGGGCCCUUCAAGAGCACACCGUCCAGCACACUGCAGAGGGGGGUGGAUACCCAGUAGCCCCUUGCAUACAGUAGCAGUUCAGCCCACAAUUUGGUCAUAAAAGAAUGGCUGUUCUCUUGUAAC